AUGGGCUCGAAGCCGAGAAUCCCCGCCCCCACCGCCGUCGGAAGGCUGAAGAGAAGGCUCUCAAACUCCAGCAGACGACUCAGGAAGCGCCAGCUCUGUCCGCGUAGCUCCACGCACAUUGGAGGCGCCGCUGCCGCUGCCGCCGCCUCGUCCGUCUCCGGCAAGCUCGCGGCUCUCAGGAACCUCAUCCCCUCCGCAAUCGCGGAUACGAAGCCCGACCAGCUGUUCCGGGAAACCGCCGACUACAUCGUGCUCCUCGAGACUCAGGUGCUUGUUUUGCAGAAAUUGGUGGAUUUUUACGGAUCGCAAUCUCAGGAAAAUCGCGACGGUGUGUAG